CCGCUCCGGCGGCUCUGCCACUGCGCGUCUCCUCACAGCGCAGCUCCCCUUUCCCGUCGGCAUUCUUGCGGCGGCCAUUUGCAAUCUCGCGUCUUGCCAUUUUGAUGACUCAGUCCCGCGAACCGGCCGGCAGUUCUGUUUUCUCCCCUGGAG